AAGUUCACUUUCAAGACUUGCACUGCCACUGGCAGAUAAAACUUUGCGUUUAACACAUUUGUCAAAUUUUGACAUUUAAACGCAUCACAGGACUCGUUUUCUGCAUUCCUUGUUUUCUCCAGUUGCUGCAAGAGUUUGUUUUAAACAUGUUGUCCUCGAUCAGAACUGCUACUAAAAGUCGUGCGCUGUUUGCUGGAUCUCAGGGUUUGAAAGCAUUCGCUUCCCAGAAACUGGGGAAAUGUGGAAAGCUGGACGGUCAGAGCAGUGUAAAUGAGUCUUUCAGACGGCCGAUGUCCGGUAAAAGCUUCAAUGUUCCACCGAGCGCGGAGUUUGUGGCUCGGGUCAGCGGAAUCGCGACUAUGUGCAAACUGCCGUUCCAGGAGACCGCGGACGGACUGGACGCGGCGUUUAUCGGGGUUCCUAUUGACACCGGAACGUCCAACCGGCCCGGUGCACGGUUUGGUCCGAGACACAUCAGGGCAGAAUCUGCUAUGAUCAGGGCAUACUGUGGCUGGACGAGAGCAGCUCCAUAUGAAUCAAUCAAAGUGGCAGAUAUCGGUGACAUUAAUGUCAACCUCUUUGACCUGAAGGACACCUGCAAAAAAAUACGAGAGGCUUACCAUAAAAUCGUAGCCACAGGCUGCAUCCCACUAACCCUGGGAGGAGAUCAUACGAUUGCAUACCCAAUUCUUCAAGCUGUUGCUGAGAGACAUGGUCCGGUAGGCCUGAUUCAUGUGGAUGCCCAUGCGGACACUAGUGACAUGAUUCUAGGGGAGAAGAUCGGUCACGGGACACCUUUCAGACGCUGUGUGGAUGAGGGUCUUCUGGACUGCAAGAGGGUCGCCCAGAUUGGGCUCAGAGGAUCUGGUUAUUCUCCAGAUAACUAUGAAUGGAGCCGAGCACAGGGUUUUCGUGUGGUGGAGGCUGUGGAGUGUUGGCACAAAUCUCUGGUCCCGCUAAUGGAGGAGGUUCGCUCUCAGAUGGGAAGCGGUCCUGUCUAUCUGAGCUUUGACAUUGACAGUUUGGACCCUGCAUUUGCUCCGGGCACAGGAACACCUGAGAUUGCUGGUCUCACACCCAUUCAGGGUCUGGAAAUCAUCCGAGGCUGUCGAGGUCUUAAUCUCGUAGGCUGUGAUUUAGUUGAAGUUUCUCCACCUUACGACACCACAGGAAACACUGCUUUGCUCGGUGCCAACCUCCUCUUUGAGAUGAUGUGCGUCCUUCCUAAAGUCAAAUACUAUUGAUUGCUUUAUUUUUUUCUAAGAUGAUCUUGAAAUAUUCCAGGUAAUUGCACAGUGAAAUUUAUAAUCUGUACAUGAUUCAUGUACAAAAUCACUAUUAACCUUUUUUUAGAAACUGAUACCUUUAUUUGGAGUAGCAAAACUUUCGAAAACAACAACAACAACAACAACAAAAAAGACAAUUCCUUAAAGGAAAUGAAAUAACAGUCGCUGCACAAUAUUAUGGAAAUAAAGUUUCACGUUUAUUAGAUCAUUUAGUUUUAGAUCAAUUUUCGUAAAAUGGUUACAUUGACACACGGGUACAGUGUUAAUGUUACAUACGCAUGAAAUAUAUUUAGUCGUAAAUAAGCCAUGAAAAUCUGGCAUGAUUUAUUAAUGCCAACUAUCUUAGAUUUAAGAUAUUCUCCAGUGCAUUGCUAAAUGAAACAAACGAUAAAAUCCUAAUAUCAAUACUGCAUCAAGUGUAAUGCAUGUUCAUAAAUAAGCCAUGAAAAUCUGGCAUGAGUUAUUAACGCUGACUAUCUUAAAUUUAAGAUAUUUUCCAUUGCUAAACAAACAAAACAUUUUUUAAAUGCUAAUAUAGUACAAUAUCAAUACUGCAUCAUAAUGUUAAUGAAUGUUCAUAAAUAAGCCAUGAAAAUCUGGCAUGAUUUAUUAAUGCAGACCAUCUUAGAUUUAAGAUAUUCUCCAGUGCAUUGCUAAAUGAAACAAACAAUAAAAUGCUAGUAUCAAUACUGCAUCAUAAUGUUAAUGAAUGUUCAUAAAUAAGCCAUGACAAUCUGGCAUGAAUUA